AUGGGCAAUCACAGGUCGAUCGGGAGUCUGAUGGGUGGGUGGUGGGGAGAGCUUUACUUCCAACGGAAGGACAAUAGAGGACUUGCUUGCAUCUUGAUCUCAGCAUCUGAGGAGCCCUGCAGGAUCAGGCCAGUGGGGUCCCCGUAUUGAGUCCAGCCUCCUGUUCUUCUGGAAAGCCCACCAGCAAAAAGUCCUCCUUCCCAAAAACUGGGAUUCAGAAGCAAGGCUGCCUUCGACUGGAGACAAAACAUGAGCCCCCCUGGACCUCUCUUCCUCCAUGCGUUGCCCUCAUCCUCUUUGCUCUCCAUCUUCCAACAAUCUGUGUCUCUUUAUAGCAUAGGUCAGGUUUUCACUUCUAUUCUUUGUUCAUAUUUUGUGUCCAAAUGCUUUCAUCUGCUUAAUAAAUGGGAAUUUAUGGGCUUUAUGUUUUUGUGGUUCUCAUUAUUCCUGUUAUUAGGAUAGUGCCAUUAGAAUGCUGUUAUAAUAGAAUCCAGUUCUCCAGAGCAAAGGUACCUCCUUCCAAGGGUUAAAAUGAAGUGAGUGUUACAUUCCUAGAGAGGACCGGAAAUAAAUGCAGGGGGGAGCAGGUCCUCCCAAGCAGAAGCUUCCCUGUCCUUUCCUGCAAGGGGCUGUUUUUUGUGGUUGUUGCCUCUGCUCUGCCUCUUCUGGGAUCUGGUGAGUCUCUUCUCUCUUCUUGCAUGGGGUGCAUUGGGGAGGGUGCAUGGGGGGCUGGGGGGCUGUUCGGCUCAUGCAGGGGGAGAUCCCCAAGUCAGGGAGCAGAGGGUCCUUCUCUUGCUAAGAGGCAAAGGGACCCCUGACCCUUAAGUCCGGUCAAAGGCAACUAUGGGGUGCAGCGCUCAUCUCGCUUUUCAGGCCAAGGGAGCAGGCGUUUGUCCACAGAGUUUCUGGGUCAUGUGGCCAGCAGGACUAAAUAAUAAUAAUCAGUGCUUUUUUCUGGGGGGACGCAGGGGGACGAAUACCCCUAGACAUUUUCUGAAUCUAAGUUUGGCCUCAUUGAGGGGCAGUAUUUCAAUAUGAGUAGGAAAAUGAGAGUACCCCUAAACAUUUUUAAAGGAAAAAAGGCAUUGAUAAUAAUACUAAUUUAUUACUUAGACCCCGCCCAUCUGGCUGGGCCUCCCCAGACACUCUGGGCGAUUCCCAACAGAAUAUUAAAAACACAAUAAAACAUCAAACAUUAAAAACUUCCCUAAACAGUCUUCUGAAAAGUCAGAUAGUUCUGUAUCUCAUUUACAUCUGGUGGGAGGGUGUUCCACAGGGCAGGCGCCACCACCGAAAAGGCCCUCUACCUGGUUCUCUGUAACCUCACUUCUCACAGGGAGGGAACCGCCAAAAGGCCCUCGGAGGAGGACCACAGUGUCCUGGCUGGACGAUGGGGGUGGAGACGCUUCUUCUGGCACAAUGGGACACCAAGAGGGAAACCAUAGUGCCCAGAAACGCUGUUUACCUUCCCGCUGCAGCAGUACCUAUUUAUCUACUUGCACUGCGUGCUUACGAACUGCUAGGUUGGCAGGAGCAGGGACCGAGCAACGGGAGCUAACCCCGUUGCAGGGAUUUGAACCGCCGACCUUCUGAUCAGCAAGCUCCAGAGGCUCAGUAAAGCCAGAGCGGGAGGCAAGUUCUCAGGAGGUCUGCAACUGUAUUAUUUACCUGGACCCAUACACUUAUUGCCACUUUAGGGAGGGGUCUCUGGAUCAGGGGGAAAAGUGAUGAGUUUAUGGAUUAUUUGAUUUCUAUACCUCUUCAUAUAUUAGAAAAAUCUCUAAGCAGUGCACAGGAAACGAAAGCAAGCACAGACUACGUAAACAAAAAUAUUGCAAAAAUACACAGUUGCAUAUAAAAAUGUUACAUUGAUACAAAGUUACUCAUAUAGAUAAAUAAUGUAAAUCAGUGAAAUUAAUAAACCCCAUUUAUUAACCAGAUGGAAACAUUGGGACAUAAAAUAUACACACACCAAAAAAAUGAAAACCUGACCUAUGCAAAAAAUGAAUAAACACUCUUAGAAUACGGAGGGCAGAGACACAUCCUCACUUAAUAGAGAACUUUUUUCUUCUGACAGUGUGCAAAUUUUAUAACAGAACAAUGUAUUUGCUUUGUAGAAUUUGCCAGCACCUCUCAUUCAGAAUUUGACAGGUGAAAAAGGGGAUCCCUAACAUUCUCUUGGAGGCUUCCUGAGAGCACAGAUGCAUGAGCAAGACUCAGCUGGCCCUGAAGCAGGAAGAGACCAUGCUAUGGAAACUGGGAGCAGUGGGGGAUUCUGGGAAAGCUCUGGGCAGAAGAUCCUGGGAGAGGAGGACACCCUUCGCUCAGAGGUGCAGAGCCGGCAGUUCAGCUGGUUCUGCUUCCAGGAGGCCAAAGGACCCCGAGAAGUUUGCAGCCAACUCUACCACCUUUGCCACCAGUGGCUGAAGCCAGAAAGGCACACGAAAGCUGAGAUGCUGGACCUGGUGAUCUUGGAGCAGUUCCUGGCUGUCCUUCCAGCGGAGAUGGAGAGCUGGGUGAGGGAAUGCGGAGCAGAGACCAGUUCCCAGGCAGUGGCCCUGGCCGAAGGUUUCCUCCUGAGUCAGGCAGAGGAGAGGAAGCAGGUGAGAGAGACUUUCCUCUGAAUGCUCCCAAGGGGCUCAAUAGAUAAGGGAGAGUAUCCCAAAUGCUCUACUAAUGGCCCAUCCUUUGUUUUGGAAAGCAUCCAAGGAGGGAUAUCAGAAACCUCUAAAGUUUUUGCCUCUUUCAUUCUUAUUCUGACCCUCUUCCCUGUUUGGAAUCCUAUUUCAGGGAAAGGUUCUGUUUGCAGAAACGGGUCCUGAUUCCUCUGAGGCAGAGAGGACUUCAUUGGACACCAGAGAGAAGCCGCUGGGUAAGGAGGAAGGAAGUUUUUCUUCUUUUGAUUCCAUACUGUUUAUUUUGAAACUAAUAUUUUGGGAGAAGCCACUUGGGGCCAAGAACCCAAAGGAGAUGAGAUAUAUUUUAGCAUAACUAAAAUAUGAAAUGGGGACAAACUCCCAAAUGCACCUCUGAGAGAAGCAUCCUGCACUCCUGUCUCCCCACUUCCCUUUGUCUCUCACAGGUGAAAGAAGGAUGCCGGCAAGACCUCCUCCUCCAUCUCUUCAUCCUGGUGGAGGGGAAGCAGCGGCUGAGGAACCGGAUCAGGUGGGGGGAAGGAGCCUUGGGGGGAAAGAGGCAGAGGGGUGGGGCAUUGGAAUGCACAAUUAAAAAAAUUCCAUUUAGACAUUAAAAUAAGCAUCCAUAGUCAAAAUGUGUAGUGAAACAAAGCCAUUAAAACAGCACAACAACAAACAGGCAGAAAACAACAGAACAAUGUGUAGUCGAUAUGCUGUCUAAGGGGACGACCUUUUUCUUCUUUCAGGGACCAGUGUGUUUUGAAGAUGUCGCUGUUUGUUUCAUGGCUGAGGAGUGGGCGUUGCUGGAUCCUGCCCAGAGAGCUCUGCAUAAGGAAGUCAUGGAGCAGAAUCAUGGGAUCUUGGCUUCUCUAGGUAAGGUUCCCUCUUGAAUCAUAAUAUUUGUUUGGAAAUUCCAUAAAUAUAUCUAUGUGUGAAGCCUCCCAGAUUUUGAUUGAGCUCAACAGCACCACCUAGAGCAUCUGUGAUUAUAACACCCUCACAGCUCACCUUGAAUGGGGGGCUAUGGAUUCUUUUGUCUGUGGUUAUUAUUUCGCCAUUGAUGCCUUUUUAAACCAUGAUCUGGCUGUUUGAACUACCAUGGACUUUUAAAAUAUAGACUUCAGAGUGGUUAGGGAAUCAUAGAAUCAUCUAGUCCCACCCCCUGCAAUGCAGGAAUCUCAUCUAAAGCAUUCAUGACAGAUGGUCUUCCAACCUCUUCUUAAAAACCUCCAAGGAAGUAAAGUUCAUAACAUUCCAAUGGAGACAGUUCCACUGCUCAACAGCUCUUACCCUCAGAAAGUUAUUUCUGGUAAUUAGUCAGACUCUACUUUCUUGUAACUUCAAGCCAUUGGUUUGGAUCCUACCCUCCAGAGCAGGAGAAAACAAGCUUGUUCCUUCUUCCAUGUGGCAGCCCUUGAGAUAUCUGAAGAUGGCUCUCAUAUCUCCUCUCAGUCUCCUGUUUUGCAGGCUAAACAUACCCAGCUCCUUCAACCGUUCCCCAUAAGGCUUGGUUUCCAGACCCUUGAUCAUCUUGGCUGCCCUCCUCUGCACACCUUCCAGCUGGUCAGCAUCCUUCUAAAAUUGUGGUGCCCAGAACUGGAAACACUAUUACAGAUGUGGUCUGACCAAGCCGGAAUAGAGUGGGACUAUUGCUACCCUUUAUCUGGACACUAGACUUCUGUUGAUGCUGCCUAGAAGAUCAUUCGCCUUUUUUGCUGCUGCAUCACACUAUUGUCUUAUAUUAAGCCUGUGGUCAGCUAAGACCUCUAGAUACUUUCCACAUGUACUACCAUAAGGCCAGGUGUCCCCCAUCCUGUAUUUGUGCAUCUUGUUCUUCCUGCCUAAGUGAAGAACCUGACAUUUGUCUCUGUUGAAAUUCAUUUUGUUAGCUGGGGCCUAGUUCUUCAAUCUGUUAAGGUCAUUUUGAUUUCUGGUUCUUUCUUCUGUGACAUUAACUACCCUUCCCAGUUUGGUGUCAUCUGCAAAUUUGAUUUGCAUCCCCUAAAUUCCUCUAUCCAUGUCAUUUAUAAAGCCAUUGUACAACAACAGAUUCUGACAAUUUUUUUGUUUUUGCUUUUGCUUUUGCUCUGGUCUGUUUUUUGUUGACCAAAGAGAUGACAGACUAGAGAUGGCCCAGAUUCCAUGAUUGAGUCAAACAAAAUCUGUCCCAGAAAAGAACCAGUCUUGUCAAAUCUUAAGUUUCCAUAAAUAUGUCCCUGAAUGCCAGUCAACAAAGGCAGUUAACCGUGAAGUACGUUCUCCCAUCUAACUCCCUUCAGUUCCUCCUCUCUCAAAAGCGUUAAUGAGCUUUGUUCAAUAACAGGGGGCUCCAUUUUUUUCUGAGGCUUUAAUCCAUUUCUCUCUUCAUUGCAGUUCGAGAUGGAUUGGAAAUUAAGAACAAGGGAGACCACGACAAAAUCCACACGGAGAAGCCAUAUCAAUAUUCGGAGUCUGGAAAGAACUUUAGCCAGAGCUCCCAUUCAGUUUCCCAUGAAAGAAGUCCCGUUGGGAACGAACCCUGUCAGUGCUUGGAGUCUGUUAAGGGCUCUCAUAUAAGCACAAGCGUCUGUCGACAUCAGAGAAUUCACAGUGGGGAGAAACCAUAUCAGUGCUUGGAAUGUGGGAAGAGCUUCGUCUGGAAGAUAAGUUUGACUUCCCAUCAAAGAAUUCAUAGAGGGGAGAAACCAUAUCUGUGCUUGGAAUGUGGGAAGAGGUUCAACCAGAGAGCCCAUCUCACUUCCCAUCAAAAAAUUCAUACAGGGGAGAAACCGUAUGAGUGCCUAGAAUGUGGGAAGAGGUUCAGCCAGAGGACCCACCUCAGUUCCCAUCGAAGAAUCCAUACAGGAGAGAAACCAUACCAGUGCUUGGAAUGUGGAAAGGGCUUCAGUCAAAGGGCCCACCUCACUAUCCAUGAAAGAAUUCAUACAGGGGAGAAACCAUAUCAGUGUACGGAAUGUGGGAAGAGCUUCCGUAAGAGUUCCGUUCUCACUAACCAUCAAAGACUCCAUACGGGGGAGAAACCAUAUCAUUGUUUGGAAUGUGGGAAGAGGUUCAAUGAGAAAACGAAUCUAAUUUCCCAUGAAAGAAUCCAUACAGGGGAGAAACCGUAUCAGUGUGUGGAAUGUGGGAAGAGCUUCCGUAAGAGUACUUUUCUCACUUCCCAUCAAAGAAUCCAUACGGGGGAGAAACCAUAUCAGUGUCUGGAGUGCGGGAAGAAGUUCAGUCAGAAGGCCCACCUCACUUCACAUCGGAGAACUCAUGCAGGUGAGAAACCAUAUCAGUGCUUGGAAUAUGGAAAGAACUUCAGUCAUAGCAUCUCUCUCACUUCCCACAAAGAAUUCACAAGGGAGAAACUCUAA